UCACUUCCGCCUUCCGUCGUCUCGCAUCCCUAGGUCACCAUUGGAAGUUGGCAGCUUGAAAUCUCGCGCAAGCUUCCGCCAACGAACCGCUCCACAGUCGCAGCCGCCGUUUGGCUUCCACCUGCGGGCAGCAGGACUGAUAGAGGCCCGCCGGGAGUGAUGGCGGACCGGGAGAGCUCACCGCUGCUGUCAGAGCACAACGAGCACGACGGCACAAGAGCGUAUGGACUCCUCGAAGAAACUCGGAGUUUGGUGCCCGAUGAGCCCCCGCCGCCUUACUCUGCGCGCAGCAGCCCAGACAGCUGCAGCGCUCCAGUCAUCAGCUGCCGCGUUUGUCAGGGAGCCAUCUGCGUGGAAGGCAAGACGCACCAGCAUGUGGUCAAGUGCAGCGUUUGCAACGAAGCGACUCCCAUCAAGAACGCUCCGGCUGGGAAGAAGUACGUCCGAUGCCCGUGUAGCUGCCUGCUCAUCUGCAAAGUCACCUCGCAGAAGAUUGCCUGUCCACGACCGUACUGUAAACGCAUCAUCAAUCUGGGCCCAGUUCACGUUGGCCGGGAAAGUCCGGAACUGCAGCACUCGCCUGUCGGCAUCCGGGUCGUCUGCGGCCAUUGCUCCAAUUCCUUCCUGUGGACGGAGUUUUCCGACAGGACGUUGUCCAGAUGUCCGCACUGCCGUAAAGUCUCCUCUGUUGGCCAGCGGUACCCGAGGAGGAGGAGCCUGCUGUGUCUCCUGGUCUUCGCCGUGGUCGCCGCCUCCACCGCGGGACUGAUGGUGGGAACGUGGCGGCCCGCUCGGGACUCGAACGGGAUUUACGCCGCGUGGGUGCUGCUUGUCCUCAUCGGCGCCUUCGCCCUGGCCAGGACCGUCUACUGGAGUUGUCUGAAAAUUAGCCGGCCCAUUCCGACGUGAUGUGAUGCCAUAUCAUCGAGUGGACUUUUUAGAUACGUGUCAGGAGUUAUUUUAUCAGCAAUACAAUGAACCGUGGCUGUUCCUGGGGGUAAGGGACCAAGCCGGAUGCUAAUAGUGAACAUUUCCAAGUAAUCGAUAUUUAUAAUCACCUUUACUAAUAGUUGAAGCUACUCCAUGGUGCCUUAGAAGAAGCCCGGGUUUGGGCGGCAUCAUAGGCCGUUAGAAAAAGAGCACAAAAAUAUGCGGGUAUGCCUGAAUAGAUUUUAGUUGUGUUCAGUGUAUUCAUGUUACUUUGUCAUUCUGAUUCAAAAUGAUCACUUCUGACUCAAUGAAGUUCCACGGCACUGAGCUCAUCUUUUACUAUGUAUUUGGUCUUAUUGUACAUUGUCAGACAGAGUAAGAAUUUGACACAAUUUAGUUCCACUCAAAAGGAAAUGUGGCAUUUAGGACUUGCAGUCUAGUCAUGGGACGGGAAUGUAGAAAAACACUACUGUACUGUCAAAUAAAGUACAACGCUCUGUGCCUCAUUGCCAGCCUGUUGACAUAAAACUGUCAUUUUUAAAAAAAGAAAAAAAGUGGUGAUUUGGUAUUUUAGCACUGUAGUGUAUGCAUUUGUCAUAUUAGUUUGCCAAAAUAUUAACUCAAGCAAGCAAGAGGCUCUUGUACGUUGAGGCUCUCAAGUGCUAUUGUACUAUUUGACCUGUUUGUUUACAUUUUUUAAGCGGAAAGGUACUUCCGCUACCGGUGACGUCACGCCUAACUAACGCCCAAUAAUAACGUUGUUUUCGAGAGGCUGUGGAUCAGUCGGUAGAGCAAGUCGUCCACUGACCAAAUGGUAGCUGGUUCGAAUCCCGUCUCCAACCGUCUGCAGGGCGAAGUGUCCUUGGGCAAGACGCUGAGUCCUAAUUUGCUCCCAGUAGGCCUGGCAGCAGUCGCCAUUGCUGUAUGAGUGGAUGAAUGUGAGGCUUUGUAAAGCGCUAUAUAGCUUGUUUUUUUCCCCACAAAAUUAUAUACAGUGGUAUAAUAUUCUACACUGAUACUGUUCAAAACUUGACAAAUUAUUCAGGCAAGAUAAGAUGCUUUUGUUUAUUGUUGUGAAUAUAAAGUGCUAUUUUACGUUUUACAUUUUCGAAGCGGAAGGAUAUGUGUGUUUUUUUAAAAAUAAACUUUAUUUGAAUUGAAAAGCAGCAGAUACAAAUUCAACGGUAAGUUGAGUCAAAGGUAGUGCUACAUCAACAUAAUAGAACAAUGCAAGGGGUUACAUA